AUGAGUUUAAAUGUUACAAAUGCGGUCAACAAUCCGACCACAGGCCAAAAAGCCCCUACACAAAUACGUAAUUUCAAAAAUUUGAUCUUACCCAUAAAAUUAUUAUAUAAAAAUUUAUAUAAAUACAAGUCUCAUAGCGAAUUAUUGAAUAUGUUUAAUAGUAAUCUAAUCUCGGCUUUGAAUGCUUAUACCAUGGGUGCUAUACAAAACCAUUUGAAACCUCCAAGUUCGGAAAAUAAAAGUGGUUCAGAAGAUUCGGACUCGGACACAAAUCUUGAAACAUCUACGGAAUCAUCAUUAGAAGCCAUUUAUCUGACCCAUCUGAUUCAAGAAUUUGAACAAAAGAAGAUCGAUGAUGAGGAAACCAUUCCAAAAGUGAAAAAAUUGUUGAAAGAGAAGAAUACCGCCGAAAAGUUGCAAGAGAUCUUUAAUCUGGAAAAGCUAGAGCAGCUCAAAGGAGAAUUCCGAUGUACAUUUUUACGUUCCAUAAUGCUGCAGGGAAUUAUGUUUCUAACGGAGAAUCACAUUUGUUUUCAUGCAUAUUUUCCGAGAGAACAGGGUUCGGAUAACUUAUUUUUCAAACACCGUUUCUUUUUUGAUGUCAAGGAUGUUGUACUAAUGGACGGAAAUCUUUGGAAAAGAUCCGCUUACGGAAAAUAUGAUCGAUACUAUUUUUCCCUUCAAAAUGAUAUUCUUACGUAUUAUGAGGAUCCCAUGGAUUUAUAUUGUCCAGUGGAGAUAAUAGAUCUCAAAUACGCGUUGCGGGUAGAAAAAAGCACAUCCAACAAGAAAAGAUUUAAGCUCGUCGUCCCUCAUCAAACUUAUAAAUUUAUGGCAGAUUAUGAACAAUCAAUGAAAGAAUGGGUCACUCAAUUAGAGAGGUCCAUAGUGAGGGCGAAUAAUGAUGGAGAUAACGUGAAGGUUGUAAUACCGAUAGACAGUGUUGAAAGUAUUGUAGAUAAUUUGUCGAUGAAUUUUCCAAAUACGAUUCAAAUUAAUUCACGGGACCCUGAUGAUCCAUCAAGUUACGAGGAGUAUUUCUUUGUCUUCUCCUCGGAUAGUCAAACCUUAUUUAAGAACCUCAAUGAACUUUGGAAGUCACACGAGUCACUCGUUCCACCGAAAUCAAACCCAUCGUUGCCGAAUUCUCCAACAAUGUCAACGCGUUUAAUGGAUUCGCUGAAAAAAUCCAUCUCAAUUCACGGACGCUCAAAAAAUUAUGACGAGACAUCACCAAACACUCAUAGAUCGUUAUCAAGGUCUCCAAAACCAUCAGAUUUGACAUUAGAACCAUUUUCACGACGCGUUUCAGUGUUUUUCAAGAAUCCCGCAAAGUACAUUAGCACCUUUGAUGAAAAUCCUUCUGAAGAGACGAAUGAACAUUUCAGACAUUAUUUCGCGUUGAAAAAUGAAAAACUCGAUGCUGUAUUUUAUGGAUAUUAUCUUCGAAUGAUUCCGUUGUACGGGAAAUUUUUUAUCUCGGAAAAUUACGUUUGCUUCAAAUCAAGGGUUUUGGGGGUGAACACAAAUAUCAUGUUGCCAAUAUUGGACGUUCAUUUCUUCAAAAAACAAAAGGCAACAAUGUUGGGAUACUACGGCUUGGAAAUAUUAACGAAGGCACAGCAGGAUAUGUUUUUCGAAUUCGGUUUCAUGGAAAUUCGAGACCGAUUUGUAGAAAUCCUAGAGUAUAGGAUUAAUAUUCUUCAAAAUAGAAACAAGAGAUCAUCUAGCGAUGGUCAGGCUUUAAUUCAGCAAGCCAUAAUAAAGGAUCAAUUAUUACUUGCCAAUGUCUUUCCGAUUUCACCGACAGCAUCUAAUUUUAGCGACAAUGUUUUGAGUAAACCGAUGCAUAUUACGUGUCUGACUAUCGGUUCUCGUGGUGACGUUCAGCCAUACAUCGCAUUGGCAAAGGGAUUAAUAAAACAAGGUCACAAAGUGAGAAUUGCUACUCACGAAGAAUAUAAGGAUUGGGUUGAAAGCCACGGCAUCGAAUUCGGAUAUGUAGGUGGAAAUCCAGCGGAAUUAAUGAGAAUAUGCGUAGAAAAUGGAAUGUUUACCUUUGGAUUCUUCAAGGAGGGAAUGUCGAAUUUUCGUGUUUGGCUAGAUGAUUUGUUGGAAACUUCGUGGAAAGCUUGCCAGAAUACCGAUUUGAUCAUCGAAUCACCUAGUGCUAUGUCGGGUAUUCAUAUUGCUGAAGCUUUAGGCAUCCCGUAUUUUCGUGCAUUUACGAUGCCAUGGACAAGAACGCGCGCAUAUCCUCACGCAUUCGCCGUGCCCGAUCAUGAUUUGAAGGCGCCCUAUAAUUAUUCUUCCUAUGUCCUCAUUGAGAAUGCGUUUUGGCUGGCGAUCGCGCCUCAAGUCAAUCGGUGGCGAAAGCACACGCUCAAGUUACGGAACACCAGCAUGGAGAAGAUGGACCCAUCCACCGUACCGUUUCUUUAUAACUUCAGCAAGUGUAUCGUCCCGAAAGCAAAUGAUUGGGCUGAUUGGGUUACUGUUACAGGUUAUUGGUUUUUAGAUAACCCGGAUAUUGGUUGGGAAGCACCUAAGGGUCUAUUAGAAUUUAUUGACAAGAACCGGAAAGAUGGAAGGAAAGUGGUGUACAUCGGUUUCGGUUCAAUAGUCGUGGACGAUCCAAAAGAAUUGACAAAGACUAUUGUUAAUGCUGUGGUGAUAAGUGGCGUGGCUGCGAUCUUGUCAAAAGGUUGGAGUGAUCGGCUACAAGUCAAAAACGAGGACGAGAUUGAGGAACCAUUGCCCUCGUGUAUCUAUCCGAUGAAAUCGGUGCCGCAUGAUUGGCUGUUCCCGAGGGUCGACGCGGUGGUUCAUCACGGUGGCGCGGGGACGACAGCGGCUGGACUUCGCGCGGGAGUUCCGACCAUAAUAAAACCAUUUUUUGGCGACCAGUUUUUCUGGGGUGAUCGGAUUGAAAACAUGGAAAUCGGAUUUUCCAUUAAGAAACUAACCGUAGAUAAAUUAUCCGAUUACCUUAAGCGUGUUGUCACGGAUCAAAAAAUAAUUGAAAAGGCAAAGUUGGUUGGCGAAAACAUCAGGAAGGAGGACGGAGUCGAAAAUGCAAUCCAAGCAAUCUAUAAACACCUUGAGCACGCCAAACAGAGAAUAAAAUUGCAGAAGGAACGAACGGCCGGUGGCAACUCGAUGAGUUUGGGUAGUGUGAUACCUGAUGAUCUAAAGGUGGAUGUGAUAAAUAAUUUAAAAUCGAUUUCGUUAUGGAAGUCGCCAAAAAGUGAUAAUAGUGAGAAUGAAGGCGAUGUAUUGGUAGGACGUUCUGUCGAUGGGAACAAUGAUGAAACCAUAAUAGCCAGUGUUAUUUGA